UAAUCACCCACAGAACAUUUUAGUUAAGAAAUUGAUGGCAGUAUCAAUGCUGCAUUUAUAUCAAUUUUCAUUUCAAUUUGUUAAAUUGCCUCUUCUCUAUAUGGACUUCCUCUUCAGGUAAGUGGUCUGGCAAGAGUAAGUCAUUAAGUCUUCUAUUACAUUAACAGCCUUAAGUGAAAUCUUGGAGAGAAAACAAACAAACACACACCAACCCAACAUGUUCCCAUGAAAAUACAGAGCAAGUUACAUUAAAACUCAAAUAAGUAAAAAUACUUGGAAUAUCCUAAAUAAUUGUAUUAAGUGUGUAUUCCAUUACAGUGCCCUGGAAAUACAUGCUCUUGGUAUUCCACUUUAUCCAGUGUGUCAGUCUGAAGUUGUAACUUGAUGAUAAAAGUUGUUAGUGGAAGGUGUGAGAAAUGAGUUAGGCUUUCACGCUGAUUUUUCUGAAUAGUUGUGCCCUCUUAAUAUUGUAGUCAAAGUGCAGAAGUCAGUCUACAGUAUUUAAAAAAAAAAAAGUGCUUUGGUUAAAAGAAAAAUAUAUUUGUCUUAAAUACACAUGCUCUCUUGUUAGUAGUUAUCCAUCUGACCUAUCCAUACUGAAUAAUAGAAGGCAAAAAACAGCAUUCUAACUGUAUUUGAAGAAAAUGGAUUUCACAUUGCACUACUGUGCCAACAUCUGUGUAGAAAGGGAAAUGGGAUUAAUAUUUGCCCUUCAGUAGUGGUUCCUAAAGGACAAUUUCUGCCUUAUGUUUAAGGAAGUUUAGGCAGACUAUACCCUUUUUGCAAAACCUGCUUUUGUAUGUACAGUGCAUCUUUUAAUAACAAUUUGAAAUGUGAACUGAUUAUUUUUCUAAGUAAAUCUUGCAUGUAAUUUGUGUAUACUACAUUAGAAGCAAGAAAAGGAGCAGAACAAUAAACUGGUAUACUGACGGUGCCAGAGCCUAUCUUAAUGGGACUAACUACAACAUCUAUCUGAAACUAAUGAAUAGGACCAAGCUUUACUAUCAUGACCUCAGAAUAGGUAGUCUGCAUCUAUUACUCUGAUUGUUUUUAGGAAAGAGCAUUCUUGCCUUAGUUUUCUGCUUCAUUGAAUGUGCAGGGUAAUCUAGUACAGAUCGCUUUGAUAAUGGCAUGUGAUUGUUGCAUAGCCUUACCUCUAAACUUACCUGUAGGUUAGGUCAUAAAAAUCCUUUUUUUAAACCAGAGUGCAUUUUUUAAUAAACAUAAUUUCUUAAUCACUGGAGAGAUGGUGACAGCUGUAAGUUUGAGUGCUUCAUUUCAGAUAAUCUAAUCAAAGAUGUAAGUUGCAGUCCUUCAAAGAUCUGGAAGAAGUAGAAACUUAAAUUGGGUUGAGACUUUUUCUUGACUAUAAAAUUAAGCAUUUACCAUACUGUCAAGUCCUUCAAUAUGAAUAGUGAAUUUUCAUAAUUGUGUUGGAAUUAAUAUGGAAAACGUGCUUUUGAAGUUCUCAGUUGGAUCUGCUGAAGUAGUUGUAUGACUAGUGAACAGAAGUAUUUAGUGCAUUCUGUAUUUCUCCUGCUGAAAGUUAGACCAUCAUUGACAGAUCCUGGGCAGGAGGGUUCAAGCUUCCUUCCUGUAUCAGAUGUUCAACUACUCUUUGAAUUAAGUAAUAAUUCAAAGAAAAUUAGUAAUAAUUGUUGCUCUCCAGCAAUGCAAGAGUUCCUGAAUCUGCUUCAUCUCUUCAUGGUAUGCAGUUCAGAGGAACUUGACUUGACUGUCAUCCAGUCAAGUUCUGCUGCCCUAACGUUGCACAGCUGCAUAGCAUUGGAGCGAUCAUGAUGUACGCAGUGGAUGUAAGACCUUCCUUCCUGGCCCCAUCCUCUCAAAGCUAACCCCGUGUAGGCUCCUGCCGGUGGAAGCGGAUCCUCCUUAGCCGCCUUGGUGCCCGUUUGGGGCGCUGGCAGAGGCGGCCGCAGACACCAACCGCCGUGCCGGCGGCAUUCAAACUGCCUCCUCCCGACGCGCCCCGCGGGCGCGGCCCGCCCCCGGCCGUCCGUUGGCUGCGCUGAGCGGUGCCGUCUCUCUACUGGCGAGACUUCCUUUCCGUCCCGCCCCCGCCGCUGAUAGGUGCCGCCGGCCGGGGCUCGAGGCACGCGGGGUGCCGGCCCGGGGCGCGCUCCCCCUCCGCCUCGUGGUGCCGCCAUGGCGCUGCUGCUGCACCUCCUGCGGCGCCUGCUGGAGUACCUGGGCUGGCCGCUCGAGCAGGCCGCCUUCCUGGAAGCCCGCGUGCUGGGCAGCGGCCGUGCGGUCAGAGCGUGCUUCUCCUCCGCGGCCCCGGCGGGAGAGCGCGUCCAGCAGCUGUGUGCGGCCUUACGGAGGUACCAGGCCAAGGUCCUAUCUGUUUGCCAAAAAAAGGAAUAUGGAUCUACUCGAAGCGUUGUUCGUAGACUUGGGACAAUUCUUUCCAUAGAGCCUUACCCAAGACCUUAUUUUCAACUUGUUCAACACCUGAGUCCAUUGGAUCGUGUUGAACAAAGCGUGGUUCCAACUCCUGUAGCUCCAUCACUUGCUGAUGUCCUGUGGGUAGCACAUGAUCAAGGACAAGCAUUUGCUAGAUUUAGGACUGAGUUAUGGAGAAAAGAAAAAAGUACAGCUUAUCGUGACUUACAUCCAUCUAUAGAUUCCAUACCAAGUGUUUCAAAAAACAGUAUGCAAAAAGACAGUCUUGUUGAUCAAGCAGCACUCCAGAAAAUUUCCGCGCUCGAAGAUGAGCUAACUUUUCUUCGUACUCAGAUCGCUGCAAUUGUUGCAGCACAGACACUGGGAAGCAUACCACCACAACCCUUUAGAACAUUCAGCAUUCCAGAUGGAUCUUACCCAGUGCCAACCAUGACUUCUACGCCACUGUCUGUCUCUCACAGUCACUUUGCAAUUCCUUCUCCUCCUCCACUUCCUUCUGCUGCACCAUCUGGUGUUGAUGCUAGUAAUUCAGCAGUUGAACUUAUAAAACAACGUCGUGCUGCAAGAAACAGUGCUUCAACUACAGGUGAUAGUGCUGAUCCCCAGAGGAUGAAGAACGUUCCUAGUAUGAUGGAUGUUUUGAAAGAUCUAAACAAAGUUCAGUUGCGUGCUGUUGAGAGGUCACCUGGAGGUACUCCCGUAUCUAAACCAAAGAAAAGGAGAAGUUCAGAUUGGGAUCCAGUUGCUCUACUAACUCACGCACUAAAACAGAAAUUUGCACAUAAAUAUGAAGAUGAGGAUGAUUCACUGGACAAAGAAAACAGAUCUUUUGAUAGCUCCCCAUUUUCUAGUCCAGAAAUCCCACUGGUUGGACGUUGCAGCCUGAAGCCAAAUGUAAAUUCUAGCCUCAUAAGAACUGACAAAGUUAAACAAGUAUCAGUGUGGAAAGUGAGACCUCAUAUUUAACUGAUGGAGGGAGACGUCUGAGGAAACUUGGUACUGUGUGUAAGUGGCAGGGCUGCUUUGUGAAACUGCUGUAAUGUGUUCUAGAAUGUAAUCCAUCCUAUGCUGUUGAAGUUUGGAUUGUAGGCAUGUGAAAUUGUCUCUUCUUCUCCUUAGUUUCCCAGCAACCGAACUUGUGAAUCUGAUGCUUUAUGAGAAGCACACAACCAAAAAAAAGUAUCUUGUUCUUAUGGAACACUGUGUCUUAAACCUGGGAGAUAAAGGAAAUAAAUGUGUGAAAGAAACAUAAUUAUUGGUAUGGCAGCUGAGAUGUGUGCUGUCUCUGCACUUGAGUGUAAAUAAUGAAAUGGUGUAAUCUUUUGUUUGGAGUGUAUUAUGUAUAGCUGACUGUAUACAGCUAAUGGUAGCUAACACUGUAGUGUAGUUUCUUCAGUUUUCCUUACAGUUUGUUAAUACUACUCCAUGUUCCAUGUGCAAAUAAUAUUUCAAUUUAUUUUGCAUCCAUAGAGAAACUUUUAUUUAUGAAGCUUUGGUUCUAAGUACACUGCAGGCUGUCUGUUAAACGCUUGUAAUAUGGGGGAGUUGUCUUCACACACAAAAAAGACUUCUUAGAGAGAUCUGAUAGCACGUAGUCUAACUUCUGUGUAUAGAUAAACCUUGUGUUAUUUCUCUCAUUGGUUUCUCUGUACGAAAUCUUUGUUCAGAGCAUAUACAAUAAAAUUUCCUCUGUAUCAUAGA